CUUUCACCAACUUUGCCGCAUCAACGCCCAGCUUGCGCCAGUGUGACAAAAACGAAAAAAAGUGCCUCUUUUACCUACACCUAACAGCACCGUGUUGACUUACCAGCCCAUCACUGACUGAUAUGGCAAACAGAUAAGUGUCCCAUGCGAUAAACUAAUAUCAGUGAUUUGCAGAAGCCUUACGACCGAGGCUGAUAAAAUGUGCUGAUUGGUGAUACGUACAUACUCUCUGGCUGUGAGGAUGGGUUAACCGGCUGGAAUCGAGAAUGAAUCAUGACUUGUGGCAAUCAGUGAGGUGCUGCCAUCGAGAGUGGUUCGUUUCCGUAGUUUCCUGACAUCAGGUGUUUCCACAUUGAAGGUAAUAAGUGCUAACACAGUCUCUUCGUGACAUCAUCAACACCUGGACGCUCCCACCAACCAUGAGUGAAACGGAAGCCAAGAUAGAUUUUUCAAAGUUGAAGCAUUUUCCUGAGACAGACACUCAAAAUAACAACAAUAAAAUAAUCACCAAAGCGUUCCUCGACUCAGCGUAUCAAGUGGUUGAAAGUAUAGAAUCGUUUGGGCGCCUAUUCUCACCAAUAGUGAAGGACAUGAGAGGCAAUGUUAAGCGACUGGAAGCCAAAUACAAGGAAAAUGAACAAGUAUUCUGUUAUCUCGAAGACCUCAUUCUGCUGGACAAGGAUGGAAACGAAAACACUUUCGAUUCGGUGACAGAGGGACUUUUGUGGCUGAAACGUGCUCUGGAAAUGAUUGAAAUGUUCUUCAGAAACAUGCUCGAGGACGAAAGCCGCAGCGACAACGUGAAACAUCAUCUGAAGCAGGCAUACGAUAGCACGUUAUUGCCUUACCACGGCUUCUUGGCGCAGAAGGGAUUUCAGUUUUUGCAUCACUAUGUUCCCACGAGAACGACGCUUCUUGGUCCAGAGGAAGGUAAUCAGGACAAUGUUAUCGCAUUGAAAAACUUUUUGGUGACAUUCCGAGCAAAUUUGGAUCACUUGAACAACUUUUUCGAAGAUAAUAAGUUAAACAGAACCUACAAAGUCUAGUCUCAUCGGUUUGUUACACAUAGUAGAACCUUAACAUUUUUAUUAGCUUAUAACGGAAAUAUUACUGCCCAUAGCUUGUCUUGUUCGAGGGUUGUCCAUAUCAUAGCAAGCUUUUUCGGCCUGGAAUUGUUGACGUCGAAAUCGGGAAGCUCUGCGAAUUGCAGUGAAACUAGAUAUAAUCUGUAGCAGCAACAACAUACAUUGAAUUGCCUGCAAAACAGUACUAGUUCUGUAUUUUAAAAUUUGCUCACUGGUCAUCAGAUAUAUUUGCAAUGGAGUUUGUAUAAAAACUGACAAUAUCCAAAAGCCUGCAAAAUCUGGAAUCUGGAAGGAAAGGACAUAAUGGAACUAGUAUGUAUAUAGGAACUUGAAGAAUAUCACCUUGUCUAGAAGAUUUCCGGAAUACCCAAGAUACAAUCGAAGACAUUCUAUUGGAGCAGCAAUGACUAAAGACAAUAUCGAUAAAACACGGUGAAUAGUUGAUAAGUUC